AUGGAACCCCCAGAAAUCAAGGGGGAAUCAGCUCUUAUCCUCUCCAAAGAUGAAAAGCAAAUGUUAUCAAAAUCUCCUUUUGUAGUAGACAGUAGACACGUAGGUGGGGUGGAGUUGGUGAGGAAUGGAAGAGAUACACAAGAAUCUGAUGCUCUGAAAGAAGACCCGGGGGAUUACGAUACCUUAAUCGGGCAUCAAAAUGGAGGCCCUCGUAUAUCUGCUCUACGCCUGCUGCCAAACCAUCCUAGUCUUCACGGUGGUGGAGGAUCCGAUCUCACCACCUAUCCCUUGCUCGAUUAG